AAAGAUCCUGUAGAUUUACAUGGGUUAUAUUUUAAACACAUUCCACAAAAAACGAAAGUAGUUUCAAAACUGAAAAAAGUAUGGCAGCUUUGCAGAAAAUGAAUUAUUUGUUUGAGAUUGUAUAUCAAUCCGUUCAAAUAAAAAAUCUAAUCAACACAGGUUCCUUCGUACUGUGUCUUGCUUUCACAGAUGUAGUAUGUAGAUACAGCUAUUACUACAUUGGAUGGUUCUCCUACAUUGCUCGUUCUUUUGCUGUGGUAUUUAUCAGCUGCAUUCCAUUUCUGAGAGGUUAUCAGUUCAAGGAUGUAACACGGUUUGUUUGUGGAAUUAGCCUCAUAGGACUCGCGUGGUAUUUUGUUUCCGAGUUUAAAAGAAUUGACAAUGAUCAGGAACAUUUUCCUUUAAUUGUUUUUUUCAUUCAUGCACACAUCCAGUUUUGUAUCGGCAUUCUAAUAUGCUAUGUGAUGGCCGUGAACUCACCAUUUCGGUUUGCCAUGUACGUUUACUUGUUUAUACUUACAGGAACUAUACUCAAAGUUACACCUUCCUGGACCAUCAAUAUCAUUUCCAUGGUUACAUUGUUUCUUCUUGUCUUGUUUUUUUUACACGUUUUAGACAAUGGAAUACCGAUCUCAGAAAACGAAAUAAAUAACAUAUUCCAGGAUGCUGAGAAUGGCAACGAAGUAGAACUAUAUAGACAACUUUUAUUGACAUUUAUUCGGGGAACACAAAAUGUAUAUGAGGUCUAUUUUGCGUUAUUAAUAACUGUAACCUUUAGUUAUUAUUGGGUUAAUGUAGAUGAGGAAAGUAAUAGUACCAAAUGGAUCAUACAAUCCACAAUCGGCUCAUGCGUUUGUACGAUAGUUUCCUUGAAAUCAUUCAACGAAUCAUUCUUCCUUAUUUCAAAAUAUAUCGUUAAAAUGUGCUCUAUGUUUGUCAAAGGUUUCCAUGCUAUUGAAGAAGAACAAAUUAUUGAUUCAAGAUAUAUGAUAGGAGUACUUGUGGUGACUUAUGAUAUGUGCUUUUUUGAUUUAGAGUCAGUAAUACGUGGCGAAUUUAUAAUAAAUUGUGUAUGGAUAUUGAUUGUAUUUCUACUGGAGGCUUGUUUGAUAAAAGUGGAUAAAAUAUCAGCAGAACCAGAAUUAAUACAAGGUACCCUUCUUCAAGCAGUGAGGGUUGUUUUCAUUGAAUCAUUAUUAAUCGUUCUUCCAGUCUACAUUACUUUAGAGUUUACUAGAACUUACUCUAUGACGAAUUUGGCAAUAUUUCUGACAACUUCAUUUUAUGUAACUUUAGGAGUGCGAGCCGUUACAUCAUUGUUUAUAUUUAUCCUGAAUAAAUAUGAGUUCAUACGCCAGGAGUUUUGGGAAAAUUUUGAUGAUAUUGUAUUUAGUAUUAGACUCGUAAGUUUUGCAACAAUAAUAGUGGUUAACAUUUUAACCGUGUGUUUUGGCAUCGUGACACUUGUACGUAAUUUGUUCACACACCUUAAUAUCGGCGUUUACACAAAGUUGGAUGUAUUUCAAUUAAUUGGAAUUGCAUCUCUUGGUAUUUAUCAUGCAAUAAUGGCUAUAUGGAAAGUUUAUUUUCAAAGAAAGCAGAUAUUUGAGUUUACUGCAGGAUUGAACAAUGCCACCGAGGAUCAAAUUGUACUGAACAAUGAUGUAUGUUCAAUAUGCUUUCAGAACAUGGAUUCAGCAAAAGUUACACCUUGUAACCAUAUUUUCCAUGAGACGUGCAUUUUGAAAUGGUUUCUCAAGUCACAGGUUAAAUGUCCUAAAUGUAAUCGAGUUGUCAUUAGAAACCUCAGUCUAUAGAACAUAACAAUAAAAUAUCGUACACGAAUCUCUUCACUAGCAAAGAUACUUUUUCCUUCAAUUCGAUACUGAUAUGCAUCUUACAAUGUUUGCAUUACAGUUGAUUAAAAGUCAGUAAUCUGUUACAUACUCCUUUUAUAUUUUCAACAAUUUUUUUAUCUCUCUCCAAAGCAAUCUGAGUUUUAUUCACUACAAAACAGUAAAAUUUAACUACUUUUGUUUUCCUCCUUUCUUUAUCUUAUAUUAAAGCCUCAUGAUAAGAAAGAAAUAAAGGUAAACAUCUGUCUUGCUUAUAUUCCUAACCUUUCAAAUGAAAUCGCAAGCCAAUUAGAAGAAAUUUAAAGAAUGAAAUAUGUAAAUCCGUCCUACAUAUUAUGUAAGUUUUCAGGUUAAACGUAAAAUAUUGAUAUAUUCUACUAAGGAGAAAUCAUUUGUACUACGUAUAACUACAAGACGACAAACAAUAAUCUGAGCAUAUGAAAUCAAAGAACACAUCUUUGAAACAAUCAACCACAAUUCAUACCUGGAGCUAUCAAAAACUUCAUUGUGGAAUGACCACAUCGGACAUAUCACUAAAGAGUCAAUCAAAGAACAACAGUAGUAUACACUAGCAGUGUCUGGGACCCACAUCUACAAAAACACAUUCACCAACUUGAAAUGGUCCGAAGGAGAGCAGCCAGAUUCAUUAGGAAUGAGUAUUCUCGAGGCCCAGGUAUAGCGACAUAUUUAUAAGAGGAUCUAAAACUAUCACAUUUCCAGAAUACUUGAUAACAUCAGCAAGAAUGGCUCGUCAAUUCCAUUAAAAACGAAUUGUCAACAAGUUCUGAACAGCGAAACACUGGAAUGAACUAGAACAUCAAACACUAGAAUGAACUACUGCUUAGCCUAUUUGGCAUUGAUGACGACGAUGCUUUCUAGACCCAUCUCAUAGCACACAGAUAUCCGUAAAUCAAUCCACAGAUGUUUUAACUGCAUUAGUACCUGUAUAUAUAUAUAUAAAAAAAAACAUUGUACUGAUGACAAUUGGCAAAGUUUUAUUGUUCCUUUAAACAGUUUUAGAUAUUUAUUCUAUCUCAACUUAACCGGGCGUGCUUGAUGAAAAUUCGUCCAGAAAUACGUAUCGUGGGCAAUGUUAAUAAAAGUAUAAUGGCGAAAGUGAUAACAUAUCAUUCCAUCCAGAGAAACUUUCUACGACUGUCUCGCAUAUUUCUAUGAUUUAUCCAUAUAUGUUCAAUUUAUAUUUCAAAAGGGUAUAUCUGUUAAAUAGAAUUAACAGAUUUAAUUUCGGUUAACUGUAAUUAUAACAAAUAUAUGACACUGAUAAAUGCUAUAUUCUCAUUUAUUCUACUGGAACGUUUUACAUGAGUAACAAGAACGGCGAG